UCCGCGCAUGCGCUUUCCCUCGUCGCCAGCAACUUCCGCUCCAGAUCGACUUCAGUGCGAAUUUUGCUAGCGCCGCCGAACGCGCCCCACGAAUUCAUUCUUCCGUAAUUAGUAGGGAACGCAGUAAAAGCUCGACGCAGUUCGUUCAUCGCCACUUUAAAGGACUAAAACAUCAUUUGAAUCAUCGUGUCCGGAUAAACUCGUUUUGGUGGUGCAGGUUGACGCUUUUCGGCCUAGUUAGCUUAGCUUAGCUUAGCUUAGCUUAGUUUAGUUUAGCUUUGCUCGCUAACAAAGAGACGCGUUUGCGAGCAGCACAUCGCAAAUUCGAGACCGAAGUGUGAAAAUGUUUGCAAAGCGCGUGGAGGAGCUUCCCGCAACGAAAGUGGAGGACGAGCGACAAAGUCGACUUCAGGACGCCGUUUGCAAGCAACCUCGCGUUGUGUUGCACAGAGCAGACGUCAGUGAAAACCUUCAUCCAGAGCAGCAGGCUGAGUCCCCUCACAUUAAAGAGGAAGUGGCGGACGAAGAGGUUUACCACAUUAAAGAGGAGGAGGAGGACUAUGCUCACAUUAAAGAGGAAGAGGAGGAUGAAGAAGUUAAUCACAUCAAAGAGGAAGAGGGAGGGUCCCUACACAUUAAAGAAGAAGAGCAGGAGGAAAUCAUCAAGGUUCCAUUGACUGGUGUUCCUUUAAAGAGUGAAGAUGAAGGUCAAAGUGAGGACAACAGAGGUGCGGCGCCUCCGUGCAGCAGCUCAAGUCAACACAUGACAAGAGAAGGGGAUGAAGACCACUGUGGAGGAUCACAAGCAGACGGCCUCUUAGCUCCACUAUCAGACAGUGACGACAUGACGUCACACUCUCCUCACACUGAUGAGGAAGAGUCUGAAGGUGAUAUGACAUGUCACACUGACAACAAACAAUGGAAGUGUGCUCAGUGUGGGAAGACUUUUCCUUAUAAGAGCAGUUUGAAACGACACAUGAGAACACACACUGGAGAGAAACCUUAUGCCUGCUCUGUUUGUGAUCAAAGAUUCUCUCUUAAGGGAAACUUAAAAAUACACACAAGAACCCACACAGGAGAGAAACCAUUCGCCUGCUCAGUUUGUGGUCAAAGAUUCUCUGAGAAGGGAAGCUUAAAAACACACACAAGAACCCACACUGGAGAGAAACCAUUUGUCUGCUCAGUUUGUGGUCAACGAUUUUCUAGGAAUAGAAUCUUAAAACGUCACACAAGAACACACACCGGAGAGAAACCCUUUACCUGCUCAGUUUGUGAGCAAAGAUUCUCUGAUAAGGGAAGCUUAAAAACACACACAAGAACACACACAGGAGAGAAACCAUUUGCCUGCUCAGUUUGUGGUCAAAGAUUCUCUCAGAAGGGAACCUUAAAACGUCACACACGAACCCACACUGGAGAGAAACCGUUUUCCUGCUCAGUUUGUGAUCAAAAAUUCUCCGUAAAGGGAAGCUUAAAAACACACACAAGAACCCACACUGGAGAGAAACCAUUUGUCUGCUCAGUUUGUGGUCAAAGAUUCUCUGAGAAGGGAAGCUUAAAGCGUCACACAAGAACCCAUACUGGAGAGAAACUAUUUCCUGCUCAGUUUGUGAUCAAAGAGUCUCUUAACUUAUCAGAGACUCUUUAACCACAAACUGAGCAGGUAAAUGUGGGUUCUUGUGUUUUGUCAAGUGCCCCUUAGCAAUGAUAAGGACGGCGGUUCUGUGAAAAGGGGAGCAUAAAACUUAACAUCACACAAGAACCGACACUGGAGCGAAAUCAUUUGUCUGCUCUGUUUGUCAUUUAAAUAUUCUAGGGCUGUGAAAUUGAAUGAAAUUGGCCAAGUCGACCACAAAAAUUGCUGCCUCAAGGCAAUACAAAUUUUAAAAGCAUAUUUGCUUCGCCCGGAACUAUUUGGCCACUGUCCAUGUUUGCCACACGGUCUUUUGUUGAGAUGGACGCACUGUUGGACUAGUAAAAAACUGAAACGACAGAGCAGCCGCUGUGAUUUUUACGACACUAUUAGAUGUGUAAUAUACCUAUACCAUGAUCUAUGAGUGAAAUGUGGCGUUUUGUUCCCCCCCCCUAUAACGGUAAUCGUUAGCACACUAAUGCUAAUUGUGAAUGCUACCCAUUUAGCAAAGGCUAUUUUUGUUGUCUCAAAUUGAAACCACACACGCAGUACCAACAUAUGCAAUGUAAGGAUAGAAGUUCAUCUCCCAUAAAUGAGAAUAAAAUGGCGAUUACUCCAAAUAGCUAUAUGGAUAAUCAAUUUUUAAUAGAUUUGAUAGUGACAGGCUAAAAAGAGUCACUUAGAGGGGACACUUAAAAACACACAAUUCAACACACUAGGGAAAAACGUGUGGUGGUUGUCACCGGUGCUCGGGGGAGGACGUUCAUUCGAGGAUUACUUGAGUUAUGUUCCCAUACUUUUAAUAGGAUCCGGCUCGCAAGCAGGCACCAAAACGCUAUGUAGCCUAGCAAGCUGCAGGGGACGGGGGAGGCAAGCUAAAGACUGGACGGUGCGUCGGCGGAGCGACUGGCUGCAUGGACGAGGCAAGCUGGAAGACGAGGACGCUGCAUCAUAGUUCACGCUCUAGCGAUCGUCUGUGUGUAUUUUGCCGUUACAUUAACUGUCUUGGCUAACGCAGGUGGCAGCGCCAUAACAAACCUGCCCGGUGGGUUCUAGUUGACCUAACAUGAGGUUUAUUACAAGAAUAAAAACAUUGUUGCAAUGUGUAUGUAUAUUAAUUAGUAAAAAAAAAAUAGCACUCGAGAAUAUUGUACUUCAUAAAAUGUAUAUUAAUGACAUAAUUAAUAAUCAGUUCCCAAACGUUUAUUGAAUGUUGUUCAAAGAAAAGGUGAUGUGUAACAGAGUGGUAAACAUGACCCUGUCCCAGCUUUUUUGGAACGUGUUGCGGCCAUAAAAUUUUACGUUAAUGAUUAUUUGCUGAAAACAAUCAAGUUGAUCAGGUUGAACAUGAUUUGCAAAUCAUUGGAUUCUGUUUACGAGAGAAAAGCACGCGUUCACAGGCUGCAGCUCCACUUCCCUAGAACUUCGACUGGUUAUAGUGACAUGAUCCAAGACGGUCCUUGUUGUGGAGGGUACAGGCCCAAGAGCCCAAGUCAUCCAAGUACAGCGCUACCUUGACGUACCAGUGCCCCACCAUAGCAGUUUUUCCACUUGGGCCAUUUUUUGCUUUGUGUUGCCAGCAUUUUGUUUUUGGAGGCUUUUGAAUGGAUUAAAGAAAUUUGGAUUUGAUACACAAAA